GACCCUGGUCAGACCCCACUUGGAGUACUGUGCUCAGUUCUGGUCGCCUCACUAUAGGAAGGAUGUGGAAGCCAUAGAAAAGGUGCAGAGGAGAUUCACAAGGAUGUUGCCAGGAUUGGGGAGCAUGCCUUAUGAAACAGGUUGAGUCCACUCGGCCUUUUCUCCUUGGAGCGAUGGAGGAUAAGAGGUGACCUGAUAGAGGUGUAUAAGAUGAUGAGAGGCAUUGAUCGUGUGGAUAGACAGAGGCUUUUUCCCAGGGCUGAAAUGAUUUCCACAAGAUGGCUCAGUUUUAAGGUGCUGGGGAGUAGAUACAGAGGAGAUGUCAAGGUUUAGUUUUUUAUGCAGAGAGUGGUGAGUGCAUGGAAUAGGCUACCAGCAAUGGUGGUAGAAGCAGAUACGAUAGGGUCUUUUAAGAGAUUUUUUGGAUAGGUACAUGGAGCUUAGAAAAAUAGAGGGCUAUGGGUAAGCCUAGUAACUUCUAAGGUAGGGACAUGUUCAGCACAACUUUGUGGGCCGAAAGGCCUGUAUUGUGCUGUGGGUUUUUUUCUGUUUUUCUAUGUACUCUUCCAUACUGUCUGCCCUGCUGAGUUCCUCCAACAUUUUGUGUUGCUUGGAUUUCUCUUGUUUGUGAUGAACAAGGAGCGGAUCGCAGGAAAGGAGCAUCCAUCAUUAAGAACUUCACCAACCAGGGCCAUGCUGUCUUCCCGCUGUAGACAACAGGAAGGAACAGGAGCCUCAGAACUUUCGCCACCAGAGUGGCACUGCCUCUGGCCUGAGAUGGGCAGCCGGAAGCGGGGACACACUGACCUGCUGGAGAAUGGCCUUGGGCGCCCCUCGGAGAAGUCCCCCCGCCGAUCUGAUGCGAAGCGGGGCGCUGCCUACCCUCGCUCCUGCCCGGAGCACCGGUCUCUGCUGGAAUCGCUGGAGAGCCGCCGGAGGAAGCGGUUACCCAUCUUGCCACUGCUGUUGGAGCGCCGGGACGAGCUAGAGAAAACCGUUGGUUCGACGGAGCUGAGGCGGGCAGACGUGCUGCUGCUGAUCCAGGCUCUGGGGGAGGCGGCAGCGGAGAUCCCCGAGGGGGGGCAGGAGGAGGAGGCGGGGAGCGAGGAGCUAUUGCUGGCCAUCUUCCAGCCAGUACUCCGCUCCUCCUUCCUGCUCCGGCACCUGCUCCGGUUCGUGGCUGGGAUCGGGGAGGCCACGGCAGCAGCAGUAGAGGUGGAGGUGGAUGCCGUAGAGACCAUCCUGCGGAAGCUGAUCCUGGUCGACCCCGAGGCCGUUCGGCCCCUCGUCCACGUGCCGGCUGACUUGCUGCAUGCUCGGCUGCAGCGGCUCUGGAGCCAGGGACUCUCCCUCCCCUGGCCCACCCAGUGGCGGCUGUGCGACCUGCGGAAGACUGUCAAUGCUCAAUUCCCCCCUGCCGCUCCUCUGUUCCUGGAGGAGGCCACCUUCAGCAAGUCGCGUCCCCGGGACAUCAGCCAGCUCCCCAUCGUCCCCACACCUGAAGAACUGCUGGGUGGCCCGGACCCCUGGCUGCAGCCCAACAUAGUGCAGGGACCCCACACCAGUACCCGGGCUUACCUGGACGCCCACUAUCGCCUGCUGCGCGAGGACGUGUUGAGGCCACUGAGGGAUGGGCUGGCGGCUUGCCUGAUCGCACCUGCCCUGCGCCGCAAGCUGCCCGGUGCCCUCAAGUCCUUCCGGAGGCUCCGGCUCCUGGGCCCGGACUGCCAGUGGGAGGGAGUUGCGUACAAGGCUACUCUCAGACUCGGCUUACCCCCGAGGCGACUGGCCAAGGGCUCCCUGGUCUGCCUCUUCGCCACCGACUGCGAGCAGAUCUUCCCCGCCACUGUGGUCAAAGGAGAUGCCCGGGGCUUCCUGUGGCUUCGCUUCCUUGCCAGCCACCGGGAGCUGUCCCGCCAUCUCUACCGGCACACCUUCUGCAUGGUGGAGUCCCCAGCCUUCUUCGAGCUCUACCGCCACGUCCUGCGGGGUUUGCAGGAGACAAAGCCUGCCUACCUCCCCUUCCAGCGGUACCUGGUGAAGUGCCGACGCCACAUCCGCCCGCCGCAGUAUCUCCAACCGCACACCGCCCAUUUGGACAUGCAACCUCUGCUCGGGAACAGCAGCGUACCCCAGACAUGGGAUGGACUGGAUGAGGACAUGGGGCUGGUGCAGGAAGAGGGGACGGAGUUGGAUCACCUCAGCACGUCAGAGGGGCACGACUGCCCUGCUGAGGAUGACUCUGAGGCUACAGGUUCGAGGGAGUCUCCCGCAGAGGUGGGAGAGUGUGCAGAGGAUGAGGUGGGUCACCCUGCUGCAGAGGCUGGUAGGCAGGAGGAAGAGGAGAAGGUCACCAAAGGGGACAGCACGUGGGAUGCAUUGAAAGAGUUUAUCAGCAUCGUGAAGGAGGGAAGCAGCAAGACAGAGCAGCAGUCGGGAACAAAGAGCAGGCCUCCCGCCCAGCACAGCGGGGUCACACCCAGUCUGACGGGAAGCCCCUCGGAAGGGAGCAAGUACGUGGUCAACCCCUUCAGACAGGACCUCCGCACCGUGCCAUGGCUAAAGCACUUUGACAGGUCGCAGCUCAAGGCUCUCCAGAAAGCCCUGACUCGGGAGUUUGCCAUCAUCGAGGGCUCGCCUGGCACAGGGAAGACCUUUGUUAAACUGAAGCUGGUGCAACUGCUUCUUCACAAUCGGGGGCUGUGGCAGAACUCCGAGAGUUUGGGGCAGGAUAGCCCUAUCCUCGUCGUCUGCCACACAGACCACGAGCUGGACCUUUUUUUGGAAGGGCUCCUUGAGUCUAACUGCUGCAGUAUUGUGCGGAUUGGCGGGGUUUGCAAAAGCCAGAAACUGCAGAAGUUCACGCUGGAGAACAUUCGCAAGAAGAGGCUGCAGACAAAGUUGACGCCCCUACAGAGACGCCGAUUCAAAGAGAUUAAAGAGAAGAUUGAAGUUACCAAGGCUGACAUUGCUUACUGCUCCAAGGUCCUGGAGAUGCUCCAGUUGGGAAUCCUACGGGACGAUGAGCUGGCCCCCGAAAUAAAGGCAGAUGCAAAGGAACUGAGGUUGCCCUCUAUUCCCCUCAGUGACUCGAAGAGAGGGGUUAUUCUGGAUUGGCUGAAGAUACCCUUCCACCUCUGGCCUCCGAUGGACAUGGACUGGAACCCUGCACUGCAGGAUGCGGGCAGAGAACAGGCACAGGGAAGGGCCAGUCCCAUCCACCACUACCUGACGGGCCCAGUGCCAGAGGCAGCCACAUCAGCUAACUUUGUCUUUGCGGCCUCUGAUGAAGAGGAGGGAGAGUGGGAGCAGCCUCUGUGCAGCGCAGAGCAGUGGGCCAGCGAGAAGUUUGCCUACAUCGUCAACGCCAACACAAGGGACCAGCAGGAGUUGGCCAUUCAAAGACACUUGACUGAUCAGAGCAUCAUGAGCGCAGAGGAAGUGCAGAAGAUCGAAAGUGUGUGGGAUCUGUCCCUGGAUCACCGCUGGCGCCUCUACAGGAGAUGGAGAACAGCCUACCAGGAUAAACUGAAUGCCUCCAUGAAUGACAACCUGGAGCUGUAUGACAGCAUCGCACAGGACCUCUCCGUACUGGACCUGGAGGAGACGGUGAUGCUCUUGAGCGAGGCUGCUGUGUUUGGCAUGACGGCUCUAGGUACGGCGAGACACAGGACCCUGCUGCAGCAUAUUAAGCCGCGCAUUGUGAUCUUCGAUGAAGUGUCCAAGGUUCUGGAGGCCCAAGUAGUAACCACCCUCACUCCAGCCUGCCAACACCUCAUUAUGAUUGGUGAUCGACAGCUGAAACCAAAGGUGGUGGAUUAUGAGAACGCAACCAAGAUGGGUCUGAAUGUCUCGUUGUUUGAGAGGAUGAUCGGAAACCAGAUUCCCUCUGUGCAGCUGGUUGAACAGCAGCAAAUGCAGACCGAGAUCUCCCAGGUGCCCACUAGUCUGUGAUCCGCUACGAGGAUUGAGGAGGUCCGGUUUAGAUAUGUCGCUUCACUGGGAUUUUCCACUGCAUUGUGUUCUGUGCUUUCAAUCUCUCCAACUCUCUUCUCUCGGAAGAUUCAGAAGACGAUUGGAUGCUGAUACUGAAGUUUACUGGGGCGUUGUGCCUUGCUCAGUUACCGCUCUGCACUCCUUCCUUAUCAACGGCGGGUGAUCUCAUCACCACUGUGGAUGGGGUCCAUUUUUUUUUUCCGAAUAUACAAGUAUACUUUAUUCGUUGUACAGGAAAUACAAUCAGUAGAUGUUUUUAUGUUCUGCGUCCUUCACCUCCAUACUGAGAAUCAGAAACAGGUUUAAUAUCACCGGCUCAGGUUCUGGAGCUUUGCAGCAGCGGUACAUUGCGAUACGCGUUAAUAAAAACCAUUGAUUAAGGAAUAGUGUGUGUAGAUGUAGAUAAUGAAGUAAGUAGUGCAAAUGAGGGGCAGAAAAUAACGAGGCAGUGUUCAUGGGUUCACUGUCCAUUCAGAAAUCUGAUGGCAGAGGAGUAGAAGCUGUUCCUGAAACGUUGAGUGUGAAUCUUCAGGCUCCUGUCCCUCCACCCUGAUGGCAACAAUGAGGAGAGGGGAUGUCCUGGGUGGUGGGGUCCCCUUUAUCAGACAUCACUGGGGAGGCGAGUGCCCAUGGUGGAGCUGGCUUACUUUGAAACUUUCUGCAGCCUUUUCUGAUAAUAUCCUCUAUUGCCCUUUAUUAUAAAGUACCUGUGGAAUGUUUUGGGGCCUGUUUACAGGGCCCAGACCACCGGUGUUGAGUGGUGGCUGUAGUCCUUUUCCCACAGCAGCCCAUCCAGUGGCUGCGCAGGAUCGGAAAAAGCGGCAGAAAGUUGUAAACUCAGCUAGCUCCACAACAGACACCAACCUCCCCAGCAUCCAGGAAACCUUCAAAAGACAAUGCCUCAAAAAGGCAGCAUCCAUCAUUAAGGACCCCAUCACCCAGAACAUGCCCUCUUCUCAUUGUUGCCAUCAGGGAGGAGGUACAGGAGCUUGAAGACACACACUCACUGAUUCUUCCCCUCCACCAUCAGAUUUCUGAAUGGACAGUGAACCCAUGAACACCAUCUCAGUAUUUUUCCCUUCUCUUUUUGCACUACUUAAUUUAUAUAUACGUAUAUAUUUUUUUAAAUUGUAAUUUUUUGUUUUUGUGUAUUGCACUAUACUGCUGUUGCAAAACAACAAACUUUGCGACUUGCCUGUGAUUCUGAUCGUGACCCACUGCUCAGUACAUUAUCCUGCAGCCUGGGUUACGUCAUCCAAAGAUUUCCCAACAAGACUUCCACCUGCUGGACCUGAUUGUGUUUACGUGAUGAUGACGCCCUCUCCUGAUGAAGCAAUCCGGGUGAAGAGCAAAACACCACAUCUGCUGAAAGACUCAGCCGGUCAGGCAGCGUCAGAGUAGAAGAAGGAAAGGACGAGGGAGACACAGGAGAGUGCAUAUGUUGGAAUCUGGAUGAACUCAACGGUUUGAGCAGCCUCUGUGGGAGGAAAGAAACUGUUGUCAUUUCAGGUCGAACCCUGCAUCAGGACAAGAAGAAAUAAACACAAGAUCCUGCAGACACUGGAAAUCCAGAGCAACACACAGAAAAUGCUGGAGGAACUCAGCAGGUCAAAUAGCAUCUAUGGAAAUGAUUAAACUGUUGACAUUUGGGCCAAGACUCUUCAUGACUGGAAAGGAAGUGAGAAGACACCAGAAUAAGAAGUUGGGAAGGGGAGGAAGAUAGGUGAUGGGGAAGCCAAGUGGGUGGGAAGGGUAAAGGGUUGGAGAAGAAAGAAUCUGAUAGGAGAGGAGAGUGGACCAUAGGAGAAAGGGAAGGAGGAGGGGCACUGGGAGCUGUCACCUAACCCAUCACCUCCCCCUGGUGCCACUCCUCUUACCUAGUGCCAAUCAAGAUUUUCCAUUCAAGCUCAUAACCUUCUCAAUAUGUCUAUUUAAGAGGUCCCCUGCCUCUUCUCCUCACCUGCCUAUCGCCUCCCCCGGUUACCCACCUCUACCUCUUUCUUCCAUGACCGACUGUCCUCAUCUAUCAGAUUCCUUCUUAUUUAGCCCUUUAAACUUUUUCACCAAUCACAUUCCAGCUUCUUCCUUCAUUCCCCCUCCCCACUCACCUGGCUUCACUUUCUAGCUUGUCCUCCUUCCCCUCCUCCCACCUCCUUAUUCUGGCUUCUUCCCCCUUCCUUUCUGCCCUGAUGAAGGGUCAGAGGCUGAAACAUCAUUUCCAUAGAUGGUGCAAGACCUGCUGAGUUCCUUCAAGAAGAUAUAAAGUUUGUUUUUUCUCCAGGCUGAUGACUGGGUGAAUCUUAGGAGGACUACGGUGAAAGGAGAUACAUUCUGCGUAGUGUCAGUGUGCAAUAAACCCAUGGU